AGUACUCUUGCCUAUGUGCGUCUUUUGCGAGAAGGUUCGUGUUUCCAGGGUAACUUCGUGAGUGUUUGUGCGUCGCGUCUGGAGAAGCGGCAGCAUGUCUGAUAACGAAGACAAUUUUGAUGGAGAUGAUUUUGAUGAUGUGGAGGAAGACGAAGGGCUGGAUGAUCUGGAAAAUGCAGAGGAAGAGGGUCAGGAAAAUGUAGAAAUCCUUCCAUCUGGAGAGCGGCAGCAGGCAAACCAGAAGCGAAUCACCACACCCUAUAUGACUAAAUAUGAGCGGGCCAGAGUUCUUGGCACACGUGCCCUCCAGAUAGCCAUGUGUGCUCCAGUGAUGGUAGAACUGGAAGGAGAGACAGAUCCCUUGCUGAUAGCAAUGAAAGAACUAAAAGCUCGGAAGAUUCCCAUAAUUAUCCGCAGGUACUUGCCAGAUGGAAGUUAUGAAGACUGGGGUGUAGAUGAAUUAAUUAUCACGGAUUGACCGGCUUCCUUUCCAUAGUGCAGCUCCCCUUUUUACCACAAAUGUUUUUUUUAUUUUUAUGUAAAUAAAUACUAAAAUACUAAUGCAA